AUGGCGUGUCAACCUAAACGUUCCGAAACCGUCGUAAUCCACGAGUUGCUGGCCUUUGUUCAACAAAAAUUGGACGUCAUGGACCAGGUGUCUCUGGAGCAGAUACUGAUGACAAGCUUCACCGAGGACGAGAUCAUCCAAGCGAAGAAGGUGUUAGCAGAUUCAGCCGUGAGCCAAAUCCGUCUUAUCACACGUCACAGGGAUGGACGCGGUAAGAAAGACCUGCAAGACAUCUUCAGGCUGUUCAAUGAGAACGACCCUGAUGACAUCCCAACUUUCGUCGCGCGUGAUUUCAACAAGCUGCCUCCCGUUAAGAACAGCGAAGGAUUGGUGAUAGAAGGUGUGAAACACCCUCUGCAGAAUACGUGGAGCUUUUGGAUGUUCACGAACAAGAAUAAAAGCUGGGAGCAGAACCUAGUGAAGUUGGCUACAUUUGACACUGUUGAAGACUAUUGGUGUCUCUAUCAUCACAUGAAAACUCCGUCAGAGUUGGAGUUCGGUCAAGAUUACUCUAUAUUCAAGGAGGGUAUCCGGCCGAUGUGGGAGGACGACGCGAACAGACAUGGUGGCAGGUGGCUGAUUGGCUUUGACAGGAAAAACAGUCCCUAUCUUGAUAAUAUUUGGUUGUUUACGGUUCUCCUGCUCAUAGGAGAAACCUUAGAAAAUGCCGAUGAAAUAUGCGGCGUCGUAGUCAGCGUUCGAGCGAAAUGUAAAAUAGGCAUUUGGGUCAAGAAUGCUGGAAAUGAAAAAGCAGUCUUAGAGAUUGGCAAUCGGCUGAAGAGUCAACUUGGAUUAGACGCAAAAAUCAAGUUUCAUAAUCAUAACAGAGUGCAUAAUAUUUAUACUAUAUAA